UUUUUUGCAUUUGGUUUCAUUUUUUUUAAAACAAUAUUGUUUGAGUUUUAAUUUUUUAACUGAAGUAAUUAACUUCGUAAUUAGCCUUCACAGUCGUUCAAUUCAAUUUAAAGAUAAUUUUUUCAACUUCAGUGAAAUUUGCGAAAUGCAAAAUAAGGUUGAGAAAAUUUUGCGUGUGUAAAUUGUGGCUGAACCAAUAGUUAAUAGUUUUUCCAUCGUUAAUCAAUUUUGUAUUGCGGUGGUGGUGAAGAGUACUCCGCCUUUUAAAAACGUGUUAUAUAUGGGUGUUGUAUGAGGCAGUUUAUUCUUGGCUGUCGUUCUUUUUUGGGUGGUCGUGGUCGUGGCUGUUUAUUUAGUGUAAAUUUGGAAUAGAAACAGUCGAUGCUUUUUGCUAUAGCGAUGGUAGUGGUGGGCAACAUAAAUAGAAGCAACAACAACAACAACAACAACAACAUCAAUUGCAAUAAUUAAUAAACGCGGAAAGUGGUAUUAAUGAAACGGCUGCCUGGACGAGGUGCUUUACACAAACAUGUACAUAAAUAAACUAAAACAGGAUCAAGAUUAAUGCAUCUAUAUGUGCAUGUAUUCUUAAUAAAGAAAGAAAAUCAAUUCCAAUCUUAUAUUUUCUCCACAAACACAUAAAGCGAUAAGUCGUUCAGCUUAGAGUUAUCUCAUCUUCUCUUUUACAACAGUAAACAAUUCAACAUAACAAAAACCUGCUACACGAAUGUUACUAUAUUGCUAUUUUUCUACGGUCUUUGUUAGUAUGAAAUCUAAAGCUUGAUUUGCUGCUCAUUAAACUUAAAAUGUCUUUCUGACGGUGUUAAGUGUCACACCGGUGUGUGGAGUUGUGAUCGUAUGUGUCGUAUAAAGUUAAAAGAAAAUUUGCAAUUUUUUAAAGCAAAGAGUUUGCUUAGCUCAUCCGAUUUGUGUGACCGUUUCGUUGCGAUAAACCGUUCAUCAUUCCGUUAAAUGUGUAGUUUGUUGGGUUAACAUUUAGAAUAUGUUGCGCUUUCUAAGUCGGCGUAAAGUUCGCAAUAAUUAUGUUGAAAAUGAUCGUGUCGACGCCAGAUUAGCAUCUGGUGUCAUUAACACCAAUGUCUCGUCGCAAAUCAAACCUCAACGCAUUCCGGUUAACAAGAAUAAGAUCGAUUGCCGUGUUAUACUUUUGGAUAAUACAGACUUAUCAAUUGAGUUGUCAAAAAAAGCGAUGGGUAGUUUUUUAUAUGAGCAAGUUUUUUAUAAUUUGGAUAUUAUUGAAAAGGAUUACUUCGGUUUGCAGUUUACUGAUGCAAAUCAUGUUAAACAUUGGUUAGAUCCCACCAAACCUAUCAAAAAGCAAGUAAAGAUCGGCCCACCUUACACGUUCCGUUUAAAAGUAAAGUUUUAUUCCUCAGAGCCAAUUACUUUACGUGAGGAAUUAACACGUUAUUUAUUCUUCCUGCAAUUGAAACAUGACCUCUUGGAAGGACGUUUGGACUGUCCGGAUGAUAAGGCAGCUGAAUUAUGUGCUUUGGCCUUGCAAUCUGAACUGGGCGAUUUUGAUGAGGAGAUUCAUACGGCAGCUACUGUGUCUGAAUUUCGUUUUGUUCCCGAUCAAACGGAGGAUUUGGAAAUUGCUAUUUUAGAGGAAUACAAAACGUGUCGCGGCCUCACUCCGGCACAGGCGGAAACUGCUUUCCUUAGCAAGGCUAAGUGGUUGGAUAUGUACGGUGUGGAUAUGCAUACGGUGUUGGGCAAAGACGGCUGCGAAUAUCAUUUAGGUCUUACUCCUACAGGAAUUUUAGUAUUUGAACGCGAUCAAAAGAUUGGGUUAUUCUUUUGGCCUAAAAUUAGUAAACUGGACUUUAAAAAGAAAAAGCUCACUCUAAUUGUCGUCGAAGAUGAUGAUGAGGGACGAGAGCAAGAACACACCUUUGUUUUUCGUUUGUAUAAUGAAAAGGCCUGCAAACAUUUGUGGAAAUGUGCUGUAGAGCACCAUACAUUCUUUCGUCUUAGAGCUCCUGUGAAAGGACCAUCAGCACGUCAAAAUUUCUUUCGUAUGGGUUCACGAUUCCGUUAUUCCGGUCGCACUGAAUUUCAGACGCAACAAAGUCGGGCAAGACGAACUGUUCAAUUUGAAAGGCGCCCAUCUCAACGUUUUGCUAGCCGUCAGUCCCAUUUGUUGAGAGAACGUCAGAAGUCGUCUCAAGAAAAUGCCGCUUCAGCUUUGGCUUCGGUUAAUGCGCGUGCAGCUGCUGCUGCCGCACCUUCCACACCGCCCAGUAACCAGGAAGUGAUUAAUACGGUUGAUUCAAUUUUAUCGACUCCCAACAUAGAAAAUCAAACGAACCAUGUUGCGCCAAUAACACCAUCACCGUCAAUACAGACUGUAAUACAUAAUGCAGGCGUGUUUGAUGAGGUUAAUUGUGGCAGUUCGAUACAUUCGGGCUCCAAUGUGUGCGCCUCGCUGGGCCGCAAUUCGAUAAAAUCGAUUUCGAGUAUUGAUGACGCCGGCUACUCAAGAAUCGGUUCCUUUGGCAAAGCAGGCCUCACCGUUGAACUUGAACCUGAGUGUAGCAAAGCUGCUCCCAUAGGAUCUUUGAGCGUAAAGAGUGGCUUAUCGGAUAAAGAUAAAGAGCUUGAUUCACUGCUAAAGUCUAUUGUUAAAGAUCCAUCACCAUCUAUUUUAGCUAACGAAGCUCUUAAUGAUGCUAACAGCAUAAGGGUCACUAUUAAUAAAACAUUUGAUAUGGAACAUAAUACGGAAACUUUAAAGCGACUAUCUAAUUCGGAUAAGCCGAACAAUCAGGUGAAAUUGGCUAAUGUGGGUGGAUCCGCCCUUCCACCUGGUCAUAUAAAGUGCAAUAUACUAAAAGCACGUGUUGAAGAGGAACUUGGAGCCAGCACUGCAGCCAAAUUAACAAAUCAAAUGUUUGUGCCGGCCGCGUCAGCUGUAAAUGGCAUAAACAAUAAUGUGUACAAUAACAAUAUUACAACAACCACUAAUAUUCCAAGCAAUAAUUUGCAUAACAACUUACUGCACCAUAACGAAGGACCUGAUUCAUUGAAUGCCACCUACAUAUCAGUUGGUGGCGAUAAGUUAACAUUGAGCAUAGUUGAGCAAAAACCAACAACAACAACAACAACAACAACCGCUAACAAUAGUAACAAUAACACUUUGAUAACAACAACUACAACCAGCACGAGUAACAAUGUACACAAUCACGUUCCGAAUCAUAGUGACGUGUUCGAUUCACUUAAUACCACCUGCAUUACAGUUUCUCAGCCGACAAAGCACGUUAAUCACGUUACAUCAUCUCAAAAUGAUACUAUGGUCUCACCAUGGCUGGUGUCUUCGGAAGUUGUGUCGGCACCGAAGGGUAAAGAACCUGCAAUUAUACGGAAAUCGGUUAUAACAACGCAGUUAUAAGCAUUAAUAUUAGUUAAUAGCUAUUGAUUAGUUUUUUAUUAUUUUUUUUUUUUUGUUAAUUACAUGAUUAUGAUGUGUUUUUGUUUUUCUAUUUUUGUUUUAUUUAUAUUUAUUUUCAUUCGUAUCAUUUUACGUAUCAUUUUUUUGAUAACGUACGGGGGCUUCUCAUACCUUCACUUCACUUAUAUGUGGGUAUUCGACUUUUGUUACACUGCUUGUCAUUUUUAAAGACAAUUUUUUAUAAAAGUGCGUGCGAUUAAAAGAUUCCGUAGAUAGGUUGAAAUGCAUUAAAUGUAUUUUGGUCGUGUCUUAUAGAUGUCUUGAAAUGCCAAUCAGGAGAAAUCUUUAUAUCUCCAUUAUACGGGGACAUGUGAAAUUAGUACACAGUCCGGUCAUAGAUGCCAAAAGUGUUUCUCACAUAUUGACCGAAAGAAAAAAUGAAAGAAAAAAAUUCGAUUAAAUAAAAUGAUUAUUAAUGUGCCUUAAAAGUAGUCGUUUGCUGCAAUGUACUUAACAAAUUAUAAGAAUUAAUUAAAUUGAACUCUUUUAAGCAUAUUUGACAAUUGAUUUAACCAAAAGACUUAUGUAUAAUUCCUUCCCUUUUCGUAUUGUUUUUUUCUUUCUUUUUUGAAUGAAUAGGUUUUAAAUAGACAAUCUGUGAAGAAAAAUGUAAAAUUAAAAGAAAAAAGAAAAAAAAGAAAAAAAAGAAAAAAAGACAUUCCGGUUGCUCUUUCAUCACUCAGUUAAGCAAAAUAUAGGCAAAGUAAUAAUAUUAUGAUUAUGACUGUAAUUUUUCUUUGAUAUUUAAUUCUCUAAAUUAUUUAUUUAGAAAUAAAAAUGAAUUUUCUGCAAUUAAUUAAGCUCUUGACAACGAUCUGUAGUAUAUACAUAUAUAUUUAUAUAUUGAAAUCUAAAUAUAUCGAAACGUAUAUUAUUAUAUAUUAUAUAAUUGACAUAAUGAAAUAAUAUAUA